AAAAGCACAAGAGUUCAAUACAUACCAUCAUCACAUCCUUUACUAGGAUGGAAUGAUCAACAAACUAUGAUAACGAAAAACCUUAAGAAAACACUACGCUGUCUAGGAACCAUAGCCAUAUGCCAGACAAACCUGAGACGAUCUAACAAUAUUAAAAGGGGAAUAUGAAGUCCUUUCAGCUAUGCCACGUCGGAUCGGAAAAUCAAGCCAAUCAGAUAGUUUGAAAUUGACACGUCACAUCUUCUUUGUCGACAUUGAAUUUCAAGUAGCCAAAUGUUUUGGGCUUAUCUAAUUUGGUUUUGGCCCAUUCUAAAUUCACCUUACUCCAUCGUCUCCAACUCUUCUCCUUCGUCACUAUCGUUUCCACUCUCUCCAAAUCUCCUUUACUUUGCAAUAAUCACCCACUCUGAAUCAUUGAUUCCUGCUCUUGACACCUUUAUUCAUACUAGAUGUAACCUUCCACGUCCCUAUUUUUUUUCCUCCUAUUAACACUUCUUAAAAAGGCCGAUAUAUUGCCUCAAACAAUUUAGCAGCAACAAGCGCUUCCAAACGGGCUUCUGCACUUCACUUUCAUCGUUCUUAUACGAGAAAUCCAUAAAACCACAUUAGUCAAUGGGUAUGAAAUGGACAUGCUUAUUGGGUUUAGAACCGCUUCUCAUGGACGACAGGUAUGUAAUAUUAUUUCUAAUGAUAUUAUUAGCUUCCCCAGAUUCUAAUUCAAUAAUCCCUGCAAUUCAUGGCAAAGGAAAUGUCCAUAUCAACGGGGAAGGCACUGGCGGCUCUGUUCUUCAGUGAUGUCACCCCUGGAUUGGGAUAGUCCGAGAUGCGAUUCCGUCUACUUCAUUUCUGGGCAGCAGUGACCAAUCGGAGAAGAUUAUGAGAAUCCAUUUGUAGGUUCAGAUUUCUCAUUCACGCCACUUUCAGUAUGUUACUCUAAGCCUUUCAGAAAUAGUGAAUCAAGUCUCUCUGCUUGAUCUAUGUAGAGACUCAUUCUUUAUUUAUGAUAUAUGGAGAAGACUUAUGUAUGUCUUUGUUUCCUUUCCUCAAAGCACCGACUAUGGUAGUGUAAUAAAUUUCUUAGUGUGUGUUUGUUUGAUCAUUCUUAUGCAGUAUACAUUUGAAUUAUUUUAUGUUUACUAUACGCUGAUGUUUUCAAAUUCUUUCUUUCAUUUUGACUGCAGAAAAAACCCCACAACACCCAAGUUAGCUUUACUUUGAAAGUCUGACAUUUUAGACGUUCAAGCUUAUACUUUUCUGAACACAGCCUUGCUGUGGAUGUUCUGCAUUUGGUUCAAAAGAAACGUAAAGAAGGCCAAGAAGUUAGGCGAGUAUAACAGCUGGGUUGGAGAGUAAUCGAAGAAGACUAUGAGAAGCCACUUCCAGCAAGUUAAUCAAAGCCUCUUUCAUGUCUCCCUGCUGCAUCUAUGUGGAAUCUCAAUCUUUAGUUACGCCGUAGGUGAUGCAUGGAGAAGACUAUGUCUGUCUUGGUUUCCUUUUUGGAGAAAAAAUCAAGAUUCAAGAGUGGCUUAUAUAUUCGAUGUUUCACGUUUUCCUCCAAGCACUGAGUACAGCAAGUGUAACAGAUUGCUUAGUGCACAUUCUUUUUCUUAUACUCUCAUAGAAGAUAUCUCAAACUCAUCGUCUUUGGAGCAUACAAUUAUAUCAAAAUCUGGUGGUGGACAACUAGAUCUGCUUAUCUUUGAUACAUCAUUUAAGAUACUAGAGACAGUCAAACGUCUGUGUGCUAAAAGAGGUCUUUUAGUCAGAAUGACGCACGAGUUUGAUCACCACAAGGACAACGAGUUUCUUGAAGAAUGGUCUAAAAGGAGGAAGGAGCGAGCAAAAUUGCACCAGUCUGCUGGUAACCUUGCUACAGGAGACUACACUGGUUCAUUCAGAUUUCGUGAUCGGAUUCAUCUCGGUUAAUCCUGCAUGCGUCUUGGAAAUUGGAGAUGUGUAUCUGUCUAUGAUUCAUGCUAGGCCUGCUGUUCAAAUGUUGAAAGGUGGUGACACACUUGGUCAACAGUACAACACUCCACACUCUGAGUCUCUCGCUCCUAGCCUUAACAUUCGUAGUUAGUAUCUUGUGCGGUGUCUCUGGAAAGUAUCGGUUUUAUGUAUGCUUCUUGACCUUCUCUAGAAAGUUUUGAUUUUAGGUACCUUUCCUUUUGUGUGGCGUUCCAGUCUUCGUAAAGACUAUCUAUGUUCUCUCAAAUGCCAAUACAUCAUAACACCACCUACCACUGUGUGGUUCAAGCCAUUACAUCAAAAAGCUUACUUCAAUGAUCGAAUGAGAAUAAAAGAUUCCCAUCA